AGUCCUCCGUUCCGUUCCAGAUAAAUCCGGUUCGGUUCUUUUUCUCCGUGGGGCUCGACCGCUUCCAUCACGCUCUCGGAAGGAUGGCGUUCGUCGACGCCGACAAGCUCAGUUACGAGAUCUUCUCCGUCCUCGAGAGCAAGUUCCUCUUCGGCCUCGACGACCCCAACAAGCUCUUCUUCCCCACUUCCUCCUACUCCUCAGCUGGCGCCUUCCCCCGGACCGCCGCAGGUGCCCGAGGAAGGAUCCGGAUCCUGUCCAUCGACGGCGGCGGCAGCCCCUCCGAUGCCCUCCUCGCCGCGGUCGCCCUCGCCCGGCUCGGGUCCUCCCUCCGUCACCGUUCCGGCGACCCAUCCGCCCGCGUUGCCUACAUGUUCGACGUCGCGGCCGGCUCCGGCGCCGGCGGCGUCCUCAUCGCGAUGCUCUUUACCAGGGACCACGACGGUCGGCCCUUGUUCUCCGCAACCGACGCCCUGCACCUCCUCCUCUCCGAGAGCCGCCGCCGCGGGCGCGGCUUCUCCUCCGGGAGGGGCCUAUUCCGUGGGAUGUUCCGUCGACCCGGGAGUUUCUUCCGUCGGAUCUUCGGCGACGCGACGCUGAGGGACACCGUCAAGCCGGUGCUCAUCCCGUGCUACGAUCUCGCCACGGGGGCGCCGUUCCUCUUCUCGCGGGCUGACGCGGUAGAGGCAGACGGGUACGACUUCCGGAUGUGGGAAGUGUGCGCGGCCACGUGCGCCGACGCAUCCACCGCGGCGGUCGAUCUGCGGUCGGUGGACGGGCGGACGCGCGUCACCGCGGUGGGCGCCGGGGUGGCGAUGGCCAACCCUGUGGCCGCGGCCAUCACGCACGUCCUCCACAACAAGCCGGAGUUCCCGUUCGCGGCCGGGGUGGAAGACCUCAUGGUGGUGUCUCUCGGCGCUUCCGCCCCCGCGCCAGCCGCACCGGGUGCCGCUGAGCUCGUCAGGAUCGCUGGCGAGGGCUUCGCCGACAUGAUUAACUCAUCAAAAGCCGUGGCUUUUGUGAUCAUCGUCAGGUGGAUCAAGCGGUGGCGACGGCAUUCGGACACCGUAGAGCAAGCAAUUACCUGCGCAUACAGGUAAACCUUCGACUUCCGUGAGCAAACUAUACCUACUGUUGGGGUAAACAACUUUAUGCCAUGGUCUCGGGACCGACGCGGCUUGUUCUGGGUCCGAAUGACGGAAA